AUGGUUACACUUUCGUCUCUGGUCUUUGGGCUGUCCGCUGCUGCUGGGGUCUUUGCCCUUCCCAGCGACCUCUCCGGCGAGCUUUCCAAGCGCCAGACAAUCACCACCAGCCAGACCGGCACCAACAAUGGAUUCUACUACUCGUUCUGGACCAACGGCGACGGUGCUGUAUCCUAUACCAAUGGCAAUGCUGGCGAAUACAGCGUGACUUGGGCAAACCAAAACGGCGGGGAUUUCACCUGCGGAAAGGGGUGGAAUCCAGGUAGUGCUCAUGACAUUACAUUCUCCGGUACCUUCAGUCCAUCGGGUAACGCUUAUCUCUCCGUUUAUGGCUGGACUACCAGCCCACUAGUUGAAUACUAUAUCCUCGAGAGCUACGGCGAUUACAACCCGGGCUCCAGCAUGACGCACAAGGGAACCGUUACCAGUGACGGCGCUACCUACGAUAUCUAUGAGCACCAGCAAGUCAACCAGCCUUCAAUUUCAGGAACGGCUACUUUUAAUCAGUACUGGUCCAUCCGCCGCAGCAAGCGUUCCAGCGGUAUUGUCACCACCGCCAACCAUUUUAAUGCAUGGGCAAGUCUCGGCAUGAAGUUGGGUGCCUUCAACUAUCAGAUUGUGUCCACCGAAGGAUAUGAAAGCAGUGGCAAGUCCACGAUCACGGUCUCAUCGGGAGGGUCGUCCAGCAGCGGUACCUCUAAAAGUAGCACCACCACUACCACCAAGACCACCACUCACACUACUGCUUCCGAUCGCACCUCCUCUGGCGGCUCGGAAAGUUGCGCUUCUAUUUACGCCCAGUGUGGUGGCCUAGGCUGGAAAGGCGCUACCUGCUGCGCAUCCGGGUCCACCUGCACUUAUUCCAAUGCCUACUACUCCCAGUGUCUGGCAUAA